CAGAGAGCAUGAUACUCUGGAGAUAACUUUUCUCUUAUUCAGUCGGUGGGUGUUACAGGCCUACAGUUUCCUUAUCAGCACUCUGAAUGCACAGCAGCUGUGCAAUGUUUUUUUGACAUAACCUUAGGAGGCUGGCCUUUUUGUGGGCUUUGCUUAUACUUUUGUCAAAACAGUGUCACCAUUUACAUUUGAGACCAAUACAUUUUUUUCCACACCACAUAGACGAGGUGUACCGUAGACGUGCAGUUGGCUGCUGAAACUGAAGCAGAGUACUUGAACAGGAAGCUUAACUUUAUGUGGUUAGCCAAGCAUUGCAGUGCACUUGGCUGCAUACAGGAAGUUCGUUUCACUCAUUGGUCUUCAGUUUGAAAACAGUUAGUUUUCCUGUGAGCCGUUUCCCACACACAUCAAGAAAUUUGUCAGAGAAUGGCCCAAGGAAAGGACCAAUCCUUCGCCAGCCGCUUUUUCCAGAGAUGCCGUAAGAGUAUCCCAGAGCAGAGAGGACAAGAGAGUGAGGUGCCUCUUAUCUCUGAGUUCACCAUCAUGUGGGAUAAGUUCAUGAAAGAGUUCUUAGCUAAAGCCAAAGAAGAUUUUUUAAGAAAAUGGGAGUGUCCACCACAGAGCACAACUGGCCUGGAUGACUUUGAUAGGUUCAAGACUCUGGGCACUGGCUCGUUCGGGCGAGUUAUGCUUGUCAAACAUAAAGAAACAAACCAGUUCUACGCCAUGAAGAUCUUGGACAAACAAAAAGUGGUGAAAUUGAAGCAGAUAGAACACACACUUAAUGAGAAGAGGAUACUUCAGGCUGUCUCCUUCCCUUUCCUCGUCAGAUUGGAGUACGCUUUCAAGGACAACUCAAACCUCUACAUGGUGAUGGAAUAUGUUCCCGGUGGAGAGAUGUUCUCACAUCUCAGACGUAUUGGAAGGUUCAGUGAACACCAUGCAAGAUUUUAUGCAGCUCAGAUAGUACUCACCUUUGAGUACCUUCACUCCUUAGACCUCAUCUACAGAGACCUGAAGCCUGAAAACCUGCUCAUAGAUCAACAUGGGUAUAUCCAGGUCACAGACUUUGGCUUUGCCAAAAGAGUAAAAGGCAGGACCUGGACAUUGUGUGGAACUCCUGAGUACCUGGCUCCAGAGAUUAUCCUCAGCAAGGGCUACAACAAAGCUGUGGACUGGUGGGCACUUGGAGUUCUCAUCUAUGAAAUGGCUGCUGGUUACCCUCCUUUUUUUGCUGAUCAGCCUAUCCAGAUCUACGAAAAGAUUGUUUCGGGCAAGGUACGAUUUCCCUCUCACUUUAGCUCCGACCUGAAGGAUCUGCUGAGAAACCUGCUCCAGGUUGACCUGACAAAGAGAUUUGGCAACCUGAAGAACGGCGUGAAUGACAUAAAAAAUCACAAGUGGUUCUCCACAACAGACUGGAUUGCCAUCUACGAGAGAAAGGUUGAAGCCCCAUUCUUGCCAAAGUGCAGAGGACCAGGAGACACAAGCAACUUCGACGACUACGAAGAGGAGGACAUUCGUGUCUCACAAACAGAAAAGUGUGCAAAAGAGUUUGCUGACUUCUAGUGAGUGGGCAAGAGUCCAAUCAGGGCUCACAUGUUUUGGGAUAUUUGCACUCUCCUGAGGGUUAAGGUGGAACUGAGGCUGUCACCUGUUCAAAACAAAUGCCUCGUUCCUUCAUUCCACACAGCUGAAUGAGGUCUUUCUUGCCAUGAUCCUGCGUGCAGUUAGCACUAACCUAUACACAGGCACAUUAUGCAGACACCCCUUGUGCUGCAACACAAAAAUACUAGACCACGUUGUCAUCUUUUGUCUGUUUCCUUUUGUUUUUUUUUGUAUUAUGUUUGCCACUUUUGAAUAGCCUCCUUCCUCCUUUUUUCAACCAAAAAAUUAUUUGAAAAGCAACAUUAAAGCUAAAAUUACGCCCAUUUUCAAAUGGCACAAAGUUUGAUUGAUUGUAUUAGCUGGUAUUGCACAUAUUGUGAUUUAAGCUUUGGGAAAAUAGAAGGGAUUUUUCGGUUUGUUUGUUUGAUGUUCUAACCUUGAGUUUUGCCAGUUAUAUGUCGUCUGUUACAUGCCCGGAUGUGUUUUAGGGUUCAGUUUGUUAUUCAUUAAAUCAUGAACACUUUAACCAUACUUCAUCAUUCUGGUGUCCUUAAGACCUAGAACCGUGUAUUUGUGCAUAUAGAAAUAUACAUAAUAUGAGACAUAAGAUUCAAACACUUUGUGUUGUUAAAGCAUGACCAAAAUCCAAACAAAGAAACUGUUGUUUAGUGAAGGAGAAAAGCAACACUGCUGACUUCUGAAGUCCUGAGUGUUUGCACUCAGGCUGGAUUAACAGUGACAAGUGUUAUUAUGGAGCAGAAACUUGUCAGUGCUGUAUUAACUCAAUUGUAGCAUUGUUUUAUCCAUAUCUGGUCACGCCUCAGACUAGGUGUGGUAUUAAAUGAAAGGACUGAGAUGAUAUAUUUUUCAGGUACAGCUCUGUUUCACAAGGAAGGAAAACUGAAGGGGUUUGAGUAUAUCACUCCACACAACAGGUCUCUGUCUUUGGUCCACCCAGAAAUGUAUGAAGUGCAUUUUUGCAGCUAAAAGGUCAGUUUGUUAGAUUUUCUUGAGAGUAUGUUGAUUUGGAUGCAAAGCAGUGUUGGUCAUAUGGAUAUGUUGUGUCCAUUCGGGGUUGCUAUUCGAUUUUAUUUCUUUUCUUUUCUUUUAAAUUGUGCUUUAGCAGAGCACUCGGAAGACAUUGUGGAACUGCCAUAUUUGUUUUAUUUUAAUUUUUACUUUUGCAUGUUUGUUAUGUUUGUACAGCAGUGUCACAACAAGCUAAUAGUGCCCUGAAAGUGUUCCCGACUUUUUUUGUUGUUGUUUUGCUGUGUUUCGUUACCUUUAAAUAGGCCAUUUUUAUCUGAGUGACAAAUUCCUCUGCAGAAUCCCAUGAGAGCAAAACUAAACCAUUAACUAUGAAAUAAUAACAGAAAACUCAAAUAUAUCAUAACCUUAAAGUAUUCAUUCAUCUUGGUCACCACUUGGUUGAAACAUAUACUUACCUCAACUAUAGCUUGUAAUCUCUUUGCGUCUUUUUUUUAACCAAUUUGUACACUGUGAUGGAGCAAUAUUUGCUCAUUCUUCCUUGUAGAAUUGCUCAGGCUGAGUCAGGUCAGUUAGAGAACGUUAGCAGACAAAAAUGUUUUGGUCUCGUUACAGAUUUUAAAAGGGAAUAUGGUCAAAAGUGUGAAUUUUGAAGAACAUUUCUUUCAUGUAAAUCACUCCUGUUAAGUUAUUGUCUAGACAUAUUUAAUACAUAUUUUCUCCCCUCAAUAGAAAUAUAAGUUAAUGAGGGAUUUUUCGAUGCUGAGCACCAUUCAUUUUCCAUGAAUUCUAACAUAUUUCUUGUCCUUGCCGCUGUAUGUAGUCAUCCCUGCCUCCGCAAACUCCUCACCGGUGUGAAGGGUUGACGUGUAUUUGACAGGUGAUCAUAAACUCUGUAUGUCAAAGGUUCAAUACCUACAAAGCCAAGGUGUCCACUUGUUGAACUUCCAGAUGUCAGAUGAUCUGUGAUGUCUCUGAUCCAUUGAUUCCCUAGAGGGAAGUUUGUCUCUGCCGUCCACAGGGGGUCAGAGUUGGAGGUCAUUUCUGCAGGUCGGACACUCAGGGUUGUGGGGAAAUCAAAGUUUUACAUGUUGUUGGAAACAAUAAUGCAUUGUUGACAGUCUUUCAAUUUAACAUCUUAAGUCUUCUGAAGUUUUGAUCGUUAUUUGACACGGUGCUCCAGUGUUUAUAGAUGAGAAAAAUGGAAUUUAAUCAAGUUCAACAAUCUUCGACAACCAAAUGUGAAAAAGGUUUGGUGACUGAAUGCUUUUUUUAAGGUACUGAUGUACUGUAUGUUGAUAUUGGCUAUGCCUGAAUUUAAACUUUUUUCAUAUAUUGAGCACAUGUGACAUUUUAUUUAGACCUGAUUUCAUUUCAAAGGCACAACUGUUUAUUAUGCUACUUUUAUUUAUAUUGGAGAUGUCUAAUAAAAUUACAUUUUAAAUGUUUAAACCUGCUAGUUCUCGGUAUAUAGAAGGAGACUCCAACUGUUUAUCACAGAAGUGUUAUAAACAGUAAAUAUAUUGGAUUAUUUAUUUGUACCACUUUUUUUGUUUGCCCUUAUUAAAAAUAAGAAAUUUAUAGAAAUGAAAAUAUAUUCCACACUUAACACACAUUGAUGCCUCUCAAGCCUAUUCAAAAAUUGUAGCCUUUUAAUUUAACUUAUUUUCCUCUUUUUCUUAAUCUUUGUUAUUUUAUUUCUUUAAGUAGGAAAUUAACUUUAUUAAAGAGCAUCCAACAUUAUUUUCACAAUUUGAAGGAUGAGCAGAAUGUAAUUGCAGAAUUGAUGAAAUGUUUUAUUUGGACAAACUUUGAAAACUACACCUGGGAAUUCAGCAUGUUUCAAUCCAAACUGCCUGUGUGUAAAUCUUCCCAUAAAAAUGUGUAGGAAAUCCACAGCUCU